GUGACAAGGAAGUAAGUGACCCUCUGUGCGUGAGUAAUUGGCCUGGGAGCACCUGUUAACAUCUCCAGGAGAACUGCUUUUGGUGGCUCAGGUGUUUGCAGGUGACAAGUAGCAAGCUUUCACCACCACCAGCAGCACCACAGCAAAGGUCUGUAAGUGAAACAAACAAACAAACAAACAAACACGCGCCUUCGCCACAGCACUGCACGCUUGGCACAAUGAGGUGUGUGAGCACCCUCCAGCCAGGCGCCAGCGCCUUCACGCAGCCGUCAGAAUGUCUGUUCUCGCUGUUGUGGUCGUAGCCCCGGCGUCAUGGUGGUGCUGUGUGGCCGCCUCGAGGUGGUGGUAGUGGAGGCCACCGACCUCCCCAACCUCGACCACAACGUUCUGCGGCCCGAGGAUAAGAGUGACCCGUACUGUGUGGUGGAGGUGCAGGGCGGCAGCGGCGGCCUCUCUAAGAUUGGGAAGACCUUCACCAUCGACGACUGCCUCAACCCGCGCUGGUACUUCCGCUUGGAGGCCGACGUAAACCAGGACGUCGCCGGCCUCCGCUUCACCGUCAAGGACAGGGACCUCCUCUCCUCGGACACUAUCGGCAGCUGCUUUCUACCCGUUCACACCUUCAUUAGAAGCUCCACGCCGCAGUCCUCUGAGCUCUCUCUCGUCAACGCCAAGGGCUUCCGUGCCGGCAGCCUCAAGGUCAGCGCGGCCUUUGUUCCCGCCACCGACCAGCCCGACGUGACUCUCGCCCAGCGCACGAGGGUCAAGGCAAACGAGCUGCGGGAGCGAGUGUCUAAAAGGUUACCACGGCCGCACGACACCAACGCGUCCUUCACAGACAUGGCGUUCCUGCACGGCGUGCUGAACCUGCGCCUGGAGCGGGCCACCAAGCUGCCCAACUUGGACUCGUCAAUCCUCAGCUUGAGCAAGAAGGAUGUGUCGGACCCCUUCGUGGUGGUGACCCUUGAGGACCCUGAUGGCGAGUCCUGGAAGGUGGCCACGACGCAGGUCAUUGAUAACGACCUCAGCCCCGUGUGGGACGAGACCUUCCGCGUGGACGUGUGUCACGACGUGUCGUCCGUCACUUUCACGGUGCGAGACAAGGACUUCCUCUCCUCGGAGCAGAUUGGCUCCGUCGCCUUCCCCGUCAACGAAGUGACGUCUGAGAGCGGCAUCACCGGUACUUUCGAUCUGCUUCGGGAAAACAAGAACAAGAAGGCGGGAACCCUCACUCUGGCUGUUACCUACUACCCCAAGCAGGCCGUGGCGCCCUCCCAUGAGGUGCCUGAGUGCCUCUUCCCGUUGCGCCACGACAACAUGGUGCGUCUUUACCAGGAUGCCCAUUGCCCCGCGCUGCCCCGGCCCCUGCAUGAUGCUUGGGGCCGCCCCUACUUUCCGCGCAGCACGUGGCGGGACGUGCACGCCACGCUUAUGGCCGCCACGCAGUUCAUCUACAUCUGUGGCUGGAGCGUGAGCGCCAAGAUCUCGCUGCUGCGGGACGACGGGGACGACACCCGCACGCUGGGCGACGUGCUCAAGCAGAAGGCGUACGAAGGUGUGCGGGUCCGCCUGCUGCUGUGGGAUGAGCUGACCUCCAACGACUUGCGUAAACAGGGCGCCAUGAGUACCGAAGACGAAGAGACCGCCAACUUCUUCCGCGGCACCCCGGUGGUGGUGGUGCUGGCGCCGCGGGACCGACACAGUAAGGACAUGUUCUCCACCAAGACGCAUUUCACGUCGCUCUGCUAUACGCACCACCAGAAGUGUGUCAUCGCCGACGCGCCCAUCGAGGAGGCGCCCGGCCGCAGGAAGGUGGUGGCCUUCGUGGGCGGCCUGGACUUGACCGGCGGCCGCUACGACAGCCCUGAACACCCUCUCUUCAGGACGCUGGUCAAGGAGCACAAGAACGACUUUAGGAACCGCGUCUUCCCGACCCUGACGAGCAGCAACGGCCCGCGCGAGCCCUGGCACGACAUCCACAGCUUCAUCGACGGUCCCGCCGCCCACGACGUGCUCAUGAACUUCAUCGAGCGGUGGCGAAAGCAGGCAGCGGACCACAUCAACGCCAUCGUCCCGCUGCAGCAGAUGGAGGGCAUGGAGCCCGACUACCGCAGCGCUGCCCCGGACCGCUGGGGCGUCCAGAUCUUCCGCUCCAUCAACACUGACUCGGCGCUCUUUGAUUGGUCGGCUUCCACGGCGGGGCUCACCAAGAAGAAGGGCCGCGCCUUCGACAACAGCCUCCACCGCGCCUACAUCCACCACAUCCGACGGGCACGGCGGAUGAUCUACAUAGAGAACCAGUACUUCAUGGGCAGCAGUCACAUGUGGCCCGAGUGUCGCGACGCCAAGGCCGCGAACCUGGUGCCUCUCGAGAUAGCGGCAAAGAUCGAAGAGAAGAUCAGGAACGGCGAGCGUUUUGUGGCCUACAUCUGCAUCCCGAUGUUCCCCGAGGGCAAGCCUGCUGACAAGGUGACGCAGGAGAUCCUUCACUGGCAGCUGCGCACCAUCCAGAUGAUGUACAUUCGCGUGGCGGCGGCGCUGCGGGCGGCGGGGUCCGAGGCACACCCGCAGGACUACCUGUUGUUCCUGUGCCUGGGCCGCAAGGAGGCGCCGGAGCAGGUGCCACCAGAGCUGGUGUCGCCCGAGGACCCGUCGUCCUCGCUGGCCUUCGCGCACCGUCGCCUCAUGAUUUACGUGCACUCCAAGAUGGCCAUCUUCGACGACGAGUACAUCAUCGUCGGCUCCGCCAACAUCAACGACCGUUCCCUCAGCGGCAACAGGGACACUGAGAUCGCCAUGGGCAGCUACCAGCCUUGCCACGUGGGCUGCGGCGCCGCUCUGCCCUACGGCGACGUGGCCAUGUUCCGCCGCGCGCUGUGGGCCGAGCACAUGGGCCCACCGGCCCCCGUGGAGCUCGACCCCGGGACCGUUGAUUGCGUGCGUACCGUGCGCUCUCUGGCCGAGGACUCACUGCGGGCCUACAUCGACCCCGGCGACGCCCCCACGCCGCGCCACUUGCUGCUCUAUCCGCUGGAGGUGAGCGUUGACGGCACGGUGGGGCCGCGCCAGGACUGCCCCAUGUUCCCCGACACCGCGGGCAGCGUGAUGGGAGCCCGAUCCAAGGUGUUCCCCAGCACCCUUACUACAUAGACAACCCCUGCACCCAACCUCUUUCUAGACCCCCCCCCUACCCCAACCCACCCCCACUCCCAGGACAGUGGAGCAGUGACGUGAAGGACACAAUCAUGUGGGGGGUUGUAUGGUUACUUGACAUUACGAAGGGUGGGCGCCUCCCUUCCCACCCCCAUAGCGCCCCUCUGAUGAAAUGGCGGCCCCCCGAGAACCCCUUUCCCUUCCCAGGUGCUACAAUACACCCCCGACAGGUGUUGUGGGCCGCCUGUGGCCACACACACACACACACACACACACACACACAACCCAACAUCAACAUGGAUUUGUAUAAUUAGUGUUUUAGCUGUAAUUCUAGACACUUCAAAUUGCAUACAUAUUUUAUUUUCUUCCCCAUGUACGCUCAACGCUCGCUUCGCUGACUGUUACUAAAGCGCACAUAACAGUAGCUCUUUAUGAUACUUUUCACCAUAUUCGUCUACACUUAACUUGCCGUUUGUCUGAUUCAUCCAAUUUUUGCCAAUUAACCUUUACAUUAAGAGCUGAUGCAAAUUGUGGACUUGUCUGCCAUUGAUGAAAGCUAUUUUUUAACUGGUAUAAUCGUAGGUUUAGUUGAAGGUUUGUUUUCUACUUUUAUCAUAAGGAUAUAAAGCGUAGAGAUAAUUACUACAAUGCUGUGGGAUGGAUUCUCAUGAUGUCCGGCAGUGUGUACUUUUUUUAUAUAACGUGUAAUGUGAGAAACAGACUUGGGUGUAGACUGAUUUUUUUUAGCUGAUUCUACUUUUAACUUUGAUUUCAUGCACAUUGUUAUUCGCGAAGAUGUUGAAUGUUGGAUGAACCGAAGAUGUUAUGUGAUGUGACGAUGUGUGCUCUCAUAUCAUUGAUAGAAAUUGUGUUCACAGUGUUAGAGGGAAAAGAAGUAAAGAAGUAAAGAAGUAAAGAAAGUAAAGAAAUUGUGUUCACAGUGUUAGAGGGAAAAAAAGUAAAGAAAGUAAAGAAGUAAAGAAAUUGUGUUCACAGUGUUAGAGGGAAAAAAAGUAAAAGAUAAAGACUAAGAAGAUGAAGAUGGAAUACUAUGAUUUUUCAGACCCCCAAAAAUGUAUUUCCCCAGUAUUAAAAGACAAAGAGAAAUAUAAGAAGACAGAAAGAAAGGGAAGAAGCAAACAUUUGUGCCAUUUUUAAUAUUCAAAGUGGUGUUUUCUGGCAGGAUGAAAAGAGGAAGAAUGAAUGAAAAAAAAAGAGAAAAUGAACAAAAUACACACUUGUGCUGCUCCAGACUUACAAGGGAGGGUGUUUCCUCUUGGACAAUUUACGCGGUUGUGGUCAAAGUGAGUCUAAAAAAGGUUGUAAUUGGACGGUUUUUCUCAGUGACUUUGUUGGCCUGAUUUUCUUUUGGAUUUAGUUGCCCAGUACUAAUUCAUUUUAAUUGUUCACUAAUAUUGGCAUCGUGGGUGACUGUGUAUAUUUUUUUAUUGUGUGCUAGGAGGCCACUAGAACAUAUGUAUGAUUAUGAUAGGCCUAGUUUUCCCUUCCCCAUACCUUGGACUCUGACAUAUAAAAGAAUUCAAUAUUCAUCUUGGCCAGGACAGUCAGCGUGCAACCCACUCAGAUGUUUAUCCUCCCUUUUGAGCCAGUCAACAAAUGGGUACCUGGGGAAACCUGGGGAAGGUAAACUGUGGUAACCCGGAUGCCACACCUGCCCUUUGUCGUGGAGCAAUGGGUUCUCACUACAGGCUCAAGGGUAAAUAAGAUGCAGAUGAGUACCGAGGCCGCACCCAGCUACAGUGUACGCCCAAACCUUGCCUGAACCAUGAUGUCUGUAUUAAAGAACAGAAAAAUAAUAAAUAAGUACUUGGCAAUUUGAUCCCCAAGAAAAAAAGGCCCAUUGUCAAGCUAUACUACUAUUUUGUCAAAGUGAAGUAUUAACCGUGUAGCAGCGACGGACCAAAUUUGUGGCUUUACCGUGUAGCAGCCAUGAUAUAAACCCCCAAAAAUAGAUGAUACAUAAUCUGAUCACAAAUGCUUUGAUAUAUAUUAUGAAAGGGUUUGUGUGAGGGGUGAUUUUUUCUCAUUUUUCUCGCUUGGAGGGACCAUUAAGAAACAUGAUCCCCGCUGCUACCGUGUUAAAGAACAGAAAAAUAAUAAAUAAGUACUUGGCAAUUUGAUCCCCAAGAAAAAAAGGCCCAUUGUCAAGCUACACCACUAUUUUGUCAAAGUGAAGUAUUAAGGUUGCCAUUGUAUUUCGUCGUCUCAGUGUUGCGUGUGUAUGUGUCUGGCAGUUGAUGUCACGAGCAUGUGCAUGUAGCAUUACCGUCGUUUUGUACUGUAGUCCACUAACACACUGUCGCCAACACGGGGUAGGUAGACACCGACCUCACCCUUGCCUGGAGGACACCUAGAGUAGAGAGAUGCAUGACUGGCUGACAGGAGGCCAAUAACAACAAUGUCAUCACUAUCACAGCGUUGUGCGAGUCUGGUAAAUCUUGAGUAAUGAAAGGAAUGUAGUAUUGAGGGAAGCUUGAUUGGGGCUUUGGUGACAGGCAGACACAACAACAGUCAACAUGAUCACAACAUUGAAGUGAGAAUUUUUUAGCCAAGGAGAGAAAGCAGUGAAGAAUGUAACAGGAUUUUAGGAUCAGGUGACAAGUUAAGACAGUGCUAACAACAACAACAACAACAACAACAACAACAACAACAACAUUAAUAACGACAACACCAACAGUAACUACAACAACAUUCACCUCCACCACACAUAUCGGAAGUUUGGGAAAUUUUAAGCAAAGAAAGGAAGGCAGAGUAGGAGAAACAUAACUAUUGCCCAGGUGACUAAGAGACAAUAAUAAUAAUAAUAAUAAUAAUAAUAAUAAUAAUAAUAAUAAUAAUAAUAAUAAUAAAGAUAAUCAUCACUGCAACCACCAGUACAAAUACAAUAACAUUCCGUAACCAAGGCAAGCUUAAGAAAUCGUGCACAGACGUUUAAUUGAAGGAAAAGACGUAUAGAAGGAAAUAAUAUACUUUGGAUUAGAGAUUGUUUACAUUUUUUACAAGAUAAUAAUAAUAACCGAAUCGAACAUGCUUGAGAUAUCACAGCAAGGCAUUUUAAACUAGCGGGAAGGAUAAAAUAGCAACGGUCCUGGUUUUUAGUUCAUGAGCGUGCAAGACAAUAUCAACACC